GACCCCGGGCCCCGCGCGGCCGGAGGAUGUCGGCGGGCGCCCGCGACGAGGAGCGGCGGAAGCUGGCCGACAUCAUCCAGCACUGGAACGCCAACCGGCUGGACCUGUUCGAGAUCAGCCAGCCCACCGAGGAUUUGGAAUUCCAUGGAGUGAUGAGAUUUUAUUUUCAAGAUAAAGCUGCUGGAAACUUUGCAACAAAAUGCAUUCGGGUCUCUAGUACUGCCACCACUCAGGAUGUGAUCGAGACGCUGGCCGAGAAGUUCCGGCCGGAUAUGCGGAUGCUCUCGUCCCCCAAGUACUCGCUCUACGAGGUGCACGUCAGCGGAGAAAGAAGAUUGGAUAUAGACGAGAAGCCCCUAGUUGUGCAGCUGAAUUGGAAUAAAGAUGACCGCGAGGGCAGGUUUGUCCUUAAGAACGAGAACGACGCCGCUCCUCCCAAGGCUCAAAGUAACGGACCUGAAAAGCAGGAAAAAGAAGGCGUUAUCCAGAACUUCAAGAGAACUCUCUCCAAGAAAGAAAAGAAGGAAAAAAAGAAGAGAGAGAAAGAGGCGAUGAGACAAGCAUCUGAUAAAGAUGAUAGACCCUUCCACGGGGAGGACACUGAGAAUUCUCGACUGGCUGCCGAGGUUUACAAAGACAUGCCCGAAACUAGCUUUACCCGAACAAUCUCCAACCCCGAGGUGGUCAUGAAGCGAAGGCGGCAGCAAAAACUGGAAAAGAGGAUGCAGGAGUUUCGGAGCUCAGACGGGCGCCCUGAUUCCGGUGGAACGUUGAGAAUUUAUGCGGAUAGUUUAAAGCCAAAUAUUCCCUACAAGACAAUCCUGCUGUCCACCACGGACCCCGCCGACUUUGCCGUGGCGGAGGCUUUGGAGAAGUACGGUCUGGAGAAGGAGAACCCGAAGGAUUACUGCAUCGCCCGGGUUAUGCUUCCUCCUGGAGCCCAGCAUUCGGAUGAGAAAGGUGCUAAAGAAAUUAUCCUGGACGAUGACGAGUGUCCUUUACAGAUCUUCAGGGAAUGGCCUGGUGACAAAGGGAUGCUGGUCUUCCAGCUGAAGAGGAGGCCCCCAGAGCACAUCCCCAAGAAGAGCAAGAAGCACGCGGAGGGGAAGCCGCCCAAGGGGAAGGAGCGGCCCGACGGCUCUGGCUAUGGCUCUGCGCUCCCCCCGGAGAAGCUGCCCUACCUAGUGGAGCUGAGCCCAGACGGCUCCGACUCCAGAGAUAAGCCAAAGCUUUACCGCCUCCAGUUAAGCGUCACCGAGGUCGGGACGGAGAAGUUCGAUGACAGCUCGAUCCAGUUGUUUGGUUCCGGAAUCCAGCCCCACCACUGCGACCUCACCAACAUGGACGGGGUGGUCACUGUCACGCCGAGAAGCGUGGAUGCUGAGACCUACGUGGAAGGACAGCGCAUCUCGGAGACGACCAUGCUGCAGAGCGGGGUGAAGGUGCAGUUCGGGGCGUCCCACGUGUUCAAGUUUGUGGACCCCAGCCAGGACCACGCGCUCGCCAAGAGGCCGGGGGACGGAGGCCUGGCCGUCAAGGGUCCCAGACACAAACCGGGAAUCGUUCAGGAGACAGCUUUCGAUUUAGGAGGAGACGUUCACGGGGGGACGGCCGUAGCGAGCAGUAAGGGCUCCGCCCGACCGGACGGCGACAGGGCCCCGUCUGCCUCCAGCAGCGCCGAGCGCGGGAUGGUGAAGCCGAUGGUGCGAAUGGAGCCGCCGCAGGAGCCCCGCAGGCAGGACACCAGACCGCAGGACGCCGCUGGGCCUGAGCUGACGCUGCCCGCGAGCAUCGAAUUCAGGGAAAGUGCUGAAGACUCGUUCUUAUCCGCCAUCAUCAAUUACACGAAUAGCUCGACGGUGCAUUUUAAGUUGUCGCCUACGUACGUGCUGUACAUGGCGUGUCGGCACGUGCUGUCCAGCCAGUACCGCCCGGACGUCAGCCCCGCCGAGCGCACGCACAAGGUCAUCGCCAUCGUCAACAAGAUGGUGAGCAUGAUGGACGGCGUCAUCCAGAAACAGAAGAACAUCGCGGGGGCGCUUGCGUUCUGGAUGGCCAACGCGUCGGAACUCCUCAACUUCAUCAAGCAGGACCGAGACCUCAGUCGAAUCACACUGGACGCCCAGGAUGUUUUGGCUCACCUGGUUCAGAUGGCCUUUAAAUACCUGGUUCACUGUCUUCAGUCAGAGCUGAACAACUACAUGCCGGCCUUUCUGGACGACCCCGAGGAGAACAGUCUGCAAAGACCAAAAAUAGAGGACGUCCUCCACACGCUCACGGGCGCCAUGUCGCUGCUGCGGCGCUGCCGGGUCAACGCCGCCCUCACCAUCCAGCUCUUCUCCCAGCUCUUCCACUUCAUCAACAUGUGGCUGUUCAACAGGCUGCUGACCGACCCCGAGUCGGGCCUGUGCUCCCACUACUGGGGCGCCAUCGUCCGCCAGCAGCUGGGCCACGUGGAGGCCUGGGCGGAGAAGCAGGGCCUGGAGCUGGCUGCCGACUGCCACCUCAGCAGGGUCGUGCAGGCGACCACCCUGCUCACGAUGGACAAGUACGCCCCGGAGGACGCGGCCGGCAUCAACAGCACCUGCUUCAAGCUGAACUCGCUGCAGCUGCAGGCCUUGCUGCACAACUACCACUGUGCGCCCGACGAGCCCCUGGUCCCGCCGGAUCUGAUAGAAAGCGUGGUGGCCGUGGCUGAAAACACGGCGGACGAGCUGGCGCGCAGCGACGGCAGGGAGGUGCGGCUGGAGGAGGACCCUGACCUGCAGCUGCCCUUCCUGCUGCCGGAGGACGGCUACUCGUGUGACGUCGUCAGAAACAUCCCCAACGGCUUGCAGGAGUUUUUGGAUCCUUUGUGCCAGAGAGGGUUUUGCAGGCUGACGCCCCAGCCGCGCUCUCCGGGUUCCUGGACGAUACAUUUUGAAGGUGCGGAGUACGAGAGCCGCCUCGCACGGGAGAGCACGGAGCUGGCUCAGCCUCUGAGGAAAGAACCCGAAGUCAUCACUGUGACCCUGAAGAAGCAGAACGGGAUGGGCCUCAGCAUCGUCGCAGCGAAGGGCGCAGGUCAAGACAAACUCGGGAUCUACGUCAAGUCGGUGGUGAGAGGAGGAGCUGCAGACGUGGACGGGCGGCUGGCGGCGGGGGACCAGCUCCUCAGUGUGGACGGACGAAGCCUGGUGGGCCUCUCUCAGGAAAGGGCAGCAGAGCUGAUGACAAGGACAAGUUCCGUGGUGACCCUGGAGGUAGCGAAGCAGGGAGCCAUUUACCACGGCCUCGCCACCCUGCUCAACCAGCCCUCGCCCAUGAUGCAGAGAAUUUCAGACCGGCGUGGAUCAGGUAAACCCCGACCAAAGAGCGAAGGUUUUGAGCUCUAUAAUAACUCAGCUCAGAACGGGUCCCCCGAGAGCCCCCCGCUGCCCUGGGCCGAGUACAGCGAGCCAAAGAAGCUGCCUGGCGACGAGAGGCUGACGAAGAACCGCGCCGACCACCGCUCCAGCCCCAACGUUGCAAAUCAGCCUCCUAGUCCUGGUGGGAAAGGUGCACAUGCCGCUGGAACAGCAGCCAAGAUCACAUCCGUCUCCACUGGCAACCUCUGCACCGAGGAGCAGACGCCCCCGCCGGGGACGGAGGCCUACCCCAUCCCCACGCAGGCCUACCCCCGAGAGUACUUCACCUUCCCGGCCUCCAGGUCCCAGGACCGCGUGGUCCCCCCCCAGAGCCAGUGGCCAAGCUACGAGGAGAAGCCGCACGCGGACAGCAGCCACUCCAGCCUCGCGGUUCAGCGGGUGACCCGCUCCCAGGAGGAGCUGCGGGAGGACGCGGGGGCCUACCCACUGCACAGGAUGGAGGCGGUGAUGGACCGCAAGUCUGACAGCGACAUGUGGGUCGCCCAGAGCUCCUCGAUGGGCUCCAGCGCGUCCAGCCAGGAGCACCUGGACCCCUCUUCCAAGGCGGGCACCCCCGCGUCCACCCUCACCAAGAGCGGCCCGGGGCGCUGGAAGACCCCUGCAGUUCUGCAGCCCGCGCCCGGCCCCCAGCCGCUCCGGACCGACCUGCCCACGCACUACGCCGGCGACGUGGACGGCGUCCCCGUGGACCUGCCCCUCCCGCCGCCUCCGGCUGCCGCGGGCCAGGGACUCGCGGGGGGCCAAGGGGCCGCCGAGCGGAAGAAGCGGGAGGAGCAGCAGCGCUGGUACGAGAAGGAGAAGGCGCGCCUGGAGGAGGAGCGUGAGCGCAAGCGGCGCGAGCAGGAGCGCAAGCUGGGCCAGAUGCGCUCGCAGGCGCUGCUCCCCGCCCCGCUCUCCCCCGGCGCCACCAAGCCCGCCGCCCCGGGGCCCCAGGACACCGUCAUCCGGGAGCUGCAGCCUCAGCAGCAGCCGCGCACCAUCGAGCGCAGGGACCUGCAGUACAUCACCGUCAGCCGGGAGGAGCUCUCGGCCGGCGACAGCCUGUCCCCCGACCCCUGGAAGCGCGACGCGCGGGAGAAGCUGGAGAAGCAGCAGCAGAUGCACGUGGUGGACCUGCUGAGCCGGGAGAUUCACGAGCUGCAGAGCAAGGCCGAGCGCUCGGCGGAGGAGAGCGGCCGCCUGCGCAAGCUCAUGCUGGAGUGGCAGUUCCAGAAGCGGCUGCAGGAGUCCAAGCAGAAGGACGAGGACGACGACGAGGAGGAGGACGACGACGUGGACACCAUGCUGAUCAUGCAGCGCCUGGAGGCCGAGCGCAGAGCGCGGUUGCAGGACGAGGAGCGGCGGCGGCAGCAGCAGCUGGAGGAGAUGCGGCAGCGGGAGGCGGAGGAGCGUGCCCGCCACGAGGAGGAGCGGCGGCGCCAGGAGGAGGAGCGGCUGAAGCGCGAGGCCGAGGAAAAGAGGCGCCAGGAGGAGGGGUACUACAGCCGCCUGGAGGCCGAGCGGCGCAGACAGCACGAGGAGGCCGAGCGCCGGCUGCUGGAGCCCGAGGAGCCGGGCCUGGGCCGCCCCCCGCUCCCGCGGGGCUACGAGCCCCCCGGCCCCGCGCCGCCGCCCCCGCCCCAGCGCGCCGCCUCCUACCUGCAGGCCCAGGUCCUGUCCCCCGACUCCCUGUACACCGCCAAGUUCGUGGCUUACGACGACGAUGACGAGGAGGAGGACGGCCCUGCAGGUCAGGAUAAGUACGCCCGCGCCAGGGGGGCCCGCGGGGGCCCCCGCCCGGCCUCCGAUGGCAUCUUUCUCGGCAGCUCCGCCCAGGCGCCCUGGGCCAGGGCCAACAGUCCUGCGCACAGGGCAGGCGCGCCCCCGGCCCCGCCGCCCAAGCCCGGCCCCGCCCGAGGCCGAGGGCCCGCCUCGUACAUGGGAUCUACGGGGACGCUGAUGGGCGCCCACGAUGGCUCUCGGGACCCAAGAGAGACGCUGUCCAAAAGCCAGGACGCGGACGUGCCGGGCGGGCCUGAGAGCCUGACCUUCCGGGAGCGCCAGCGCCUCUUCUCCCAGGGCCACGAGGUCUCCAGUAAGGUGAAAGCCUCCCGCCGGCUGACGGAGCUGGAGAACGAGCUGAACACCAAGUGAGCGGCCCGAGCGCCUCCGAGGAGGGCACCCGCCUCCCAGGGCGGCGUUGGGAGUGUGCCCGCGCUCAGAAGUGCUUGACUUUCACAGGAGACUCUGGUUGAUACAGUUCUCUGACUCCCAUGCAGACGGCUUUUUUGUGAGUUUCCUUCUUAGAUCCUGGGCUGGGGGAGCGGACUGGAGGGCCGUGGGGGUGGGGAGUCCGCCCCUCCCCGCCACGCAGCACAAAGUCGCCCUCUCUGUUCUUCAAAAACCCGGUUCGGCUCUCGAACAGCAAAGCCUCCCAGAUGUGCGUGCGUGCGUGCGUCGGGAGCGUCAGGUCUUCUCCGCCAGGAGGGCGCUUGUCUGUAGGAGACCCGCCCCGAGCUCAGCACCAAGCUCCCAAAGGGACGCUGCUCCCUCCUGUCCCAACAGGGCAGCCCCCGGGGUAGCUCUGAGCGUCCGAUUGGAAAAGCUUCUCCCAGAAAAUGUUAGGGUUCCAGCCUGGGAGAUUUUAGGUUUAUAAAUACCAGAUGGCUGUUACACCAGCAAAGCCUUGGGGGCUUGGAAGACGACAGUCCAGUUAGUGCACGAGCUGUUCCAAGUGUUCCGAGGGAGUCUGUCCUGAGCUGAACAGUGGCGUGGACGUGAUUAGGAACAGAAACACCUGAGAAGACUGGGCGCUUCGGAGGCGACAUGGAGCACAGCCCUGCUCAGAGAUGCAAAACGCGAACCCUCGGUUUCCAGGCUCUGCUGUCAGGGCGCCAGGGAGAGGAAGGGUGCGGUGGCACAGGGCGCCUGUCACUUAAAUGCUGUAAGAGUAACUCGUGUGGCGGUUCCGGCUAUUUUUCUACAUUCUGAUAGAGUUAUUUAAUUUUCAUGUACUGAUCAUUAGUUACCACUGUCACUUCUUCCGCUGUGAACACGGGGCUGCUGUCAGGGAGCCGCGCCUCGCUCUGUUCUCUGACACGCGAUGUUCCGACACUAAAUGACCUUGUGCCCACGGGCCGAUUGUCCAUCUGAUGUGCGCGCUGUGGCCCUGGAUGGUUGUCUGUGCCAUGUCAUUCUCUCCCACGCGGGCACACUUUCCAGCAGAGACGCAGAGGCUCUCCAGCCCCGAAGUCACUUGCCUGAGCGCUGUGUGAGAACUCGUGAGGGCACGAGUGUAAGUAACGGCCGUGUCUGUCGGGGCUCUGCUUUGGAAGUGUGCUGUGCCCACGCCACGCAGGGGAGUGAGACGGCGCCACGUGCUCAUGAAGGAUUGCAUGCUUGCUCCCGAAGUGCCGGGCAGAGCGGGCCCUCCCGAGUUCUCGGCAACCCCGCAGCCUUGGAGGACUACAUCCACACUUUCUUUGAAGAAGAAGCCGCAGGCGAACGAUGUUUCUGUUAAUACAUAGAAAAACAACAAACACACCUGAGUACAUGCAAAUACAUGUAAAUACCUACGUGCAGGGAUAUUUGUAUGUGUGGUGGUAAACCUGUAACACGUGGAUUCGGCCGUCCUCGGACGAGGGGCCAGAUGUGAAAAUGUGUGAGAGUGCUUUUCUUGACUGCGUUCCUGGGGAGAGGACAUCAAACUGCUGUAGUUUCCAUUUCUACUGUAUUUCAUUCGCAGCCUAUUUUUAAUAAACUUUGUAUGUAUUUA